AUGGUCGAAUCAACCAAGACGACGGACCGACCUCUACGCAUUGGAACUCGUCGAUCCAAUCUCGCCGUCGUCCAGGCCGAGGGCAUCCGCGCCAGUCUGCAAAAAAUAGCGCCCGAUCGGACCUUUGAAAUUGAAACCCUUCACACACUGGGCGAUAAGGACAAGUCCACAGCACUCUACGAAUUCGGAGCAAAGUCCCUCUGGACCAGCGAAUUGGAAGAGAAGCUCAAUUCGGGCGAGAUAGAUGUUGUCGUCCAUUGUCUAAAAGAUAUGCUAACUACACUCCCUGACUCGUGCGACCUCGCACCAAUUCCACUCCGCGAUGAUCCUCGCGAUGCAUUGAUCGUCAAAGCUGGCCUGCCUUAUACGAGCUUGCAGACUCUACCCGAAGGCGCCGUCGUCGGUACUUCAUCCGUGCGACGCUCGGCGCAGCUUCGUCGCCUGUAUCCGCAUCUGCGCUUUGCAAACUUGCGCGGAAAUGUCGAGACGCGUUUGGCCAAGGUGGAUCAUCCCAAAAGCGAGUAUACCUGCAUGGUGAUGUCUGCCGCUGGGCUGGAGCGCAUUGGAUUGAAGCAUCGUAUCAACCAGUACAUGGGUUCCAAGGACGGUGGAAUUCUGCAUGCGGUGGGUCAAGGAGCGCUUGGGCUGGAGAUUCGCAAGGGCGAUAGCGAGAUUUUGGCAUUGGUGAGCAAUUUGGCGGAUCGGUGGUCCACUCUUGCUUGUCUUGCGGAGCGGGCUCUUAUGCGUACUCUUGAGGGAGGUUGUAGUGUUCCGAUCGGUGCUGAGACGGAAUGGGUUGAUCGGGCACAGUCUCUCUUGAGAAUUACGGCGAUUGUGGUUAGUCUUGAUGGAUCUCAGAGUGUGCAGGACUCCAUGGAUGUGAUUGUGCAGACUGAUGAGGAGGCUUCUGCGCUUGGACAGGAAUUGGCGGCGAGGCUUGUGAAAGGAGGUGCGGGUGACAUUCUGAAGUCUAUCAUCACCAGCCGACCUAGCAAGGAUUGA